CCGCCAUGUGGCUGGGGCCCGAGGAGGUGCUGCUGGCCGGCGCGCUCUGGGUCACGGAGCGCGCCAACCCCUUCUUCCUGCUGCAGCGCCGGCGGGGACACGGCAAAGGGGGCGGCCUCAGCGGCCUCCUUGUGGGAACGCUGGACGUGGUUUUGGAUUCCAGUGCCAGAGUUGCCCCGUACCGUAUUCUGCACCAGACUCAGGACUCCCAAGUGUAUUGGGCGGUGGCAUGUGGAUCAUCUCGUAAAGAGAUCACAAAGCAUUGGGAAUGGCUGGAGAAUAACUUACUUCAGACUCUCUCCAUCUUUGAUAACGAAGAAGAUAUCACCACAUUCGUGAAGGGCAAGAUACAUGGAAUUAUCGCCGAAGAGAACAAGAAUCAGCAGCCUCAGAGUGAAGAGGAUCCAGGUAAAUUCAAAGAGGCUGAACUGAAGAUGCGGAAGCAGUUUGGGAUGCCUGAGGUGGAGAAGUUGGUCAAUUACUAUUCUUGCAGCUACUGGAAGGGACGUGUACCCAGGCAGGGCUGGCUGUACCUCACUGUCAAUCACCUCUGUUUCUACUCCUUCCUGCUAGGCAAAGAGGUGACUUUGGUGAUCCAGUGGGUGGAUGUAACCCAGCUAGAAAAAAAUGCUACACUGUUGUUCCCUGAGUGCAUUAAAGUGAGCACAAGAGACAGUGAGCUAUAUUUUUCCAUGUUCCUCAAUAUCAACGAGACCUUCAAGCUGAUGGAGCAGCUGGCAAACAUUGCUAUGCGGCAGCUGUUGGAUAACGAGAGCUUCCUAGAGGACAAGUCCCUCCCGAAGCCCAGGAAGCCUCUGAAGAACAUCUCUGCACUAAAAAGGGACCUAGAUGCUCGGGCCAAAAAUGAAUGCUACCGUGCCACCUUCCGGCUGCCCAAGGAUGAGUGCCUAGAUGGACACACAGACUGUACCUUGUGGACACCAUUCAACAAGAUGCACAUUCCUGGCCAGAUGUUCGUUUCCAACAACUACAUCUGCUUUGCCAGUAAGGCAGAGGAGGCCUGUCAUCUCAUCAUUCCUCUCAGAGAGGUGACAAUUGUUGAGAAAGCAGAUAGUUCCAGUGUCUUGCCAAGCCCACUGUCCAUCAGCACCAGAAGUAAAAUGACUUUCUUCUUUGCCAAUCUGAGGGACCGAGAUUUCUUGGUGCAGAGAAUCUCUGAUUUCUUGCAGAGAACACCAUCCAAGAAACCCUGUGGCAGCGACAGGGAAUGGAAGUGGAAUUUCGGUGAUCCUGGUUGUGAGGAAGUGCCAGAGCUGCCUUCCAGCAGCCCGCUUGCCCUUAGCCCUUCGUCUGCUCUCAACAGUCGGCCCGUCAACUUCUGUGCAGGGGAAGUGCCAACAGCCUCCCAGGGGCUACUCAAACUCUUCAGAAGAAAUUCCGAGGAGCUCUUGGGACCCAAGGGGGCAAAGGAGAAGAUGAAGGAAGAGUCUUGGAACAUUCAUUUCUUUGAAUAUGGGCGAGGGAUGUGUAUGUAUCGCACAGCCAAGACUAGGGAGCUGGUGCAAAAAGGAAUCCCAGAGAACCUUCGUGGAGAGCUGUGGCUGCUUUUCUCAGGUGCUUGGAAUGAGAUGGUCACACAUCCCGGAUAUUAUGCAGAUCUUGUGGAAAAGUCAAUGGGAAAAUACAAUCUUGCUACGGAGGAAAUUGAGAGAGAUCUGCACCGUUCCAUGCCAGAACAUCCUGCAUUCCAGAAUGAGCUGGGAAUUGCUGCUCUCCGGAGAGUCUUAACAGCUUAUGCAUUCAGAAAUCCAACAAUUGGGUACUGCCAGGCCAUGAACAUUGUUACGUCGGUGCUGUUGCUGUACUGCAAUGAGGAAGAGGCUUUCUGGCUCCUAGUGGCUUUAUGUGAGAGGAUGUUGCCAGAUUACUACAACACAAGAGUAGUGGGUGCAUUAGUGGACCAAGGCAUCUUUGAAGAACUUACACGGGAGCAUCUCCCACAGCUGUCAGAAAAGAUGCAGGACCUGGGAGUGAUUUCCACCAUAUCUCUUUCCUGGUUUCUCACUCUCUUUCUCAGUGUCAUGCCCUUUGAGAGUGCAGUGGUCAUUGUUGACUGUUUUUUCUAUGAGGGCAUCAAGUUUAUCUUGCAAGUGUCUCUGGCCAUCCUUGAUGCCAACAUGGAGAAGCUGCUGCAGUGUUGUGAUGAAGGUGAAGCCAUGACUAUUCUGGGCAGGUAUCUGGACAACGUGGUUAACAAACAGAGCGUCUCUCCACCUAUUCCCCACUUGCACGCCUUGCUGACCAGUGGGGAUGAUCCACCACUUGAAAUAGACAUCUUUGAGCUCAUCAAAACCUCCUAUGAGAAAUUUAGCAAUCUGAAGGCAGAUGACAUUGAACAAAUGCGUUUUAAACAAAGAUUGAAAGUGAUCCAGUCUCUGGAGGAUACAGCCAAGAAGAGUGUGGUCCGAGCUGUGUCCAGUGACAUUGGCUUCUCUAUGGAGGAAUUAGAAGAGCUGUAUGUAGUGUUCAAGGCCAAGUAUCUGAUGAGCUGUUACUGGGGAAAUAAUCGUGCUGCAGCUGCCCGUCGAGAUCAGAGCCUGCCCUACCUGGAGCAGUAUCGCAUAGACAUGGAGCAGUUCAAAGACCUGUUCAUCAGUUUGACGCCCUGGUCCUGUGGCACACAUACACCAGUAUUAGGAGGGCGAAUGUUCCGGCUUCUGGAUGAAAACAGGGAUUCUCUCAUCAACUUCAAGGAAUUUGUGACAGGGAUGAGUGGGAUGUAUCAUGGUGACCUCACUGAAAAACUCAAAGUACUUUACAAACUGCAUCUGCCUCCCGCUCUGAGUCCAGAGGAGACCGAAUCUGCUUUGGAGGCCACAAGUUACUUCACAGAGGAUGUUACAACAGAAGCCCCCUUUUCUGCUGCUCCGGUAUCUCCUUUUGUCUCAGAGCUGGAUUUCUGCCUGCACUGUGAGUCUCAAGAAACACAGGAAGACAAAGGAAGGAAGAAUGACAGCUGCCAAGAAAAAGAAGAGAAAGGUACUAGUCCACAGGACUAUCGGUACUACCUAAGAAUGUGGGCCAAAGAAAAGGAGUCCAGGAAAGAAACCAUCAAAGAUCUUCCCAAAAUGAGCCAGGAACAGUUCAUAGAGUUAUGCAAGACUCUCUACAACAUGUUCAGCGAGGACCCGGUGGAGCAAGAGCUGUACCAUGCAAUUGCCACUGUAGCCAGUCUCCUCCUGCGCAUCGGGGAGGUUGGAAAAAAAUUCUCCAACCGGCCCGUGAAGAAGUCUGAAGAGAACAAAACUCACAAUAGCCAAGAUCCUGUGAGUGAAGAGGAGUCACCAACAUCUGAACAAAGCCAGAAUUCAGCAGUGGAGCAGCAACCCCAAGCUGACUGUGAGGACAAAACCCCUGGCGAUGCUCAACCUGGAAAAACUCAGCAGGAAAACCAAACUCUGGGAGAUGGGGCAGGGGAAGGACAAGGCUCUCCCUUACAGCUGCUAUCAGAUGAUGAAACCAAAGAUGAUAUGUCCAUGUCUUCCUACUCCAUGGUCAGCACAGGCUCCUUGCAGUGUGAAGACAUUGCCGAUGACACAGUCCUGGUGGGUUGCGAAGGCGGAGGGUCAGCUGCCAGGUAUGGCAGUACCAUUGAUACAGACUGGUCCAUCUCCUUCGAGCAGAUCUUAGCAUCCAUGCUGACAGAGACAGCCCUUGUAAACUACUUUGAGAAAAAGGUUGAUAUUCUCCAGAAGAUCAAAGAUCAAAAGAGAGUGGAGAGGCAGUUCAGUUCCUCCAGCGACUAUGAACUGUCCUCUGUGACAGGGUGAGCUCCAGUUAACAGGAAUUGUCUUGUGAGAUAAAGCAGGGAGGUAACAUGGCAGAUGGCAGGUUUGAUGGACUGGUAUUUUGUGAUAUUUUUUUGUUGUUUAAUCAGAGACCAGUAACUACACAAUUACAAUAGAUUCCAGUGGAUAAGGGGCUUGCGACAGUGACUGUUUUGUGUAGGUGCUUUUUUGGCUACUCUGGCUGAAAGCAUUAGGUUACCUUCUCAAGAGCUGUUAGAACCUAAUAGCCCCUGACAUAUAGAAUUACCACCAUGAAUUAUGCAUGUCUGCCUUUUGCUGUCUUUCUUUUUAAUGAAGUUUUAUUUCAGACAGUGACUGUUCCUUGCCUGCCCUUGUUUGCUGUAGGUUCCUGCAGAGCAGAUGCAGCCUGGCUUGAAACCAUAUUCCCUUUUGGCUGCUGCUCUGCGAGCUCACGCAGCGUGUGCGAGUGCUGUAGGACCCUGGCCCAUGACUGGUCUGGUUCAGUUCCUCAGUGCUGUUCUGUGACUCAGCAGCUACAGUGCAGAU